UUUAGUCAUAAAUCAUUCAAUAUGUCAGUUCAGUCAGUUUUACAAAUGUCGGAUCGGUGCUUGUGUACAAUAUCUGGCUUGUUUAUUUUUUGAUUUUCACAAAAUUAAACAUUGCCAAGAUAAAUGAGACUCUCUUUUAGUUUGAUGUCCUGAUUGUUAUUUAUUGCCCUGUUGUUUUCGGGGCAGCAUGCGCGAGGCAUGUCAUUGAAGAAAGUUUAAUUUUUACGAAGCUUUGAAAAUGUGAUUGUUAUUCGUUUUUGGCUUAGUGCCAUAGUUUUAAACAGUUUUAUGGGAAGCCAGCAAGAUGCAUCGAUAUUUGGUUGUGGUAGUGCUUCUGUUUUUCGAUGGAGCGCUAGGUUAUUGUCCGUCGCUAUGCACCUGUAAGGGGAACAAAUCACUGGAGGGGUCAACAUCCGAACUUCAACCUGAAGAACCCCUCAGAUUAAAAUGUGGCGGGACUCCUGCUCAAAUUACCGAGCUCAAGGAAAUAGAUCUUAGCAAAUUAUGGAACCUUGUUGUCAGUUUGAAUCUGUCUGGAAAUGCUAUAUCAACUUUAUCAAGGGAGCUCCAUUUACCAAAUCUACAGAAAUUGGACCUCAGUAGAAAUCAAAUAAACCUUGUAGAGUCGGAUGCUUUCUACAACAUGACUUCUCUGCAGCGGCUGGACUUGUCCUACAACCAGAUAAGCAAUAUCUACAAAGAAAUGUUCAAAGGCCUCAUCAACUUGGAGCGGCUCAUUUUGACACAGAAUCUCAUAUCAACACUAUCUUCUGGCACUUUUGACUAUCUUGUUGGAUUGAAGCAGUUAGACAUAACCGAAAAUCCACUUAUAUGUGAUUGUGAAUUGUUAUGGGUGGGAGAUUGGUCCAGAAAUACAAGUGUAAAACUCGCUGGCAACCCUAAAUGCAGGUCACCUGAGAACAUGGUCAACAAAACUGUUCGUAAACUGAAGAUUUUUUUAGAUCUAUCCGCAUGUGGUAGUGUGUUACCAUCCAGUACUUUAAUGGUGAAACCUAUCCAUGAUCAAGUUGUAUUCGAAGGAGACACUUUAAUGUUAACUUGUAAUGCACCAUUCGCAUCAGUGUUAGCUAAAUAUGAAUUAAAAUGGGUACAUCCUAUGCUGGAAACCUGCGAUGUUAAUGUAACUAAUACUGAAAUGCAAGAAGAGGGUAUAGCGGAGACAUCUGUCUUCUUUCCCAACAUAACAAACCAUCACAUGGGUAAUUGGACUUGUUUAUACAGCGAUCAGAAUAGAAUAAAACAUAAUCAUACAGUCCAAGUACUAGUAUUGUCGAACAGUACUCAAUAUUGUGAGACGAAUCAUACAGUAACCAAUAAAGGCCUGUACUCGUGGCCUCAGCUUUUACUAAACCAUACUGCGGUGGUGCCAUGCCGCAGUGGUGAGGGGUCUGCAUAUAGGCAAUGCUUCUCGAAUGCCACAUGGGGUCCGGUGAACACAACAGAAUGCUCCUACAUCAGUAAUGUAACAAAGUUACUCCAACAGUUUGCAUUACUAAACGUCAGCCUUGUUCAGUAUUCAGCACUGAACGCUACAGAGAGGUUAGCAAUGCUGAUACAAGAGAAAACUUAUCCCUUAGCAGAGAUUAAUGAUCCAGACGAUGUUAUGUUUAUAGCUCAGGCUGUUCGGAAUUAUAUGCAGUACAUGGUGGAGGAACGGGAUUUAGGUGCAUCAUUAUUAGAUGUAAUCAGUUCUGCGAUGAACAUAACACCGUCAGUGAUGACCAAAGCGGAGACUCUGUAUGGUGCGUGUACAGACAUGCUGCGAGCUGUAGAGGAGAUCUCUGCCUAUACCAACAAUGUACAGGGACAUAAGGUGAAGUUGGCAGUGGAGAGGUUCGCGGUGCGCGAGGGUUUCAGCGGCGUGACGUGCGUGUGGUACAGCGCACACCCCGCGGAGCCCGCGCGCCCCGCGCACGCCCCGCGCCUGCACUGCUCCACCACCAACCGCACGGUGGCGCCGCUGCUCACCGUCAGCGACGCGCUCAUACACGCCAGCGUGCAGAUCCCCCAGUCUCUGGUGUACAGCAGCGUGUCCGGGGGGCUGGGCGAGCUGGUGGUGGCUCUGUACGAGGACGCGGCGCUGCUCACCCGCAACACCCGCAGCGGGGAGACCACCGUCUAG